CUGAUUGUAGCAAAGCACUACUACUCAGGGUUGAAAGCCUCUCCCUCUCCCCUAAUGGCGUUUUAAGUACAGCCCUUUAUGGAUGAUAAUGUAGGGUAAUACUCAACAGCCUAGAAGGACUGACUGGCAUGCUCUGUGUCCACUCUUACAGGACUCAGAAGUUCACUUCUGAAUUGAUGAGUAACUGCCAGUAGGCCUACGCUGCUUUUUGGAGCCUCGAUUAUCAGCAGAAAACCGAUUAGUUUCCAUUAUUAAUCUAAAAUUCGUGAAAACACUUGAAAGGUUAACAAUUGGGUUCUCAGGCAAUCUGAGAAAAAUAUGCUUAGCGUUGGACUUUAGCCCUACCCACUCAUAGUAACGGACGGGCGGCUCUCUUGCCAAGCACAUGUCUCGUCUGAUUUAUCAAUGCACGUUGUGACUUCUGAGCUGUCAGGACUUUGCUGGUGUCGGCAGUGAUCUACAGGGGAAGCCGUUUGGAUCUGAGGCUCCGGGUCCCUCAGGGGACUGCAGGGACUUGUGGGAAGAUGACCUGAUUUCUAAAUUUCUCCUCUCUGCCUGAGGUGCAGGCUAUAGUCGCCGUUUCAAAUAAAGUAGACCACCAAGGAAGCCGAUAUGAUCGAGGCUGGAUUUACCGGGCGGAUUGUGAUCUGGUUCGACUCUAGUUUUGGGCACUCAUUUGUCUACCUAACGGGCGCCAGUUCGGCAGAUGACCUCCCUUCUCUCAGUUGAUAUGGUUUAACAUCCCGGCCACAGAAAUCCCCUCGAGGUGAUGGCGAACCUACAGCAGGAGUACCCGUUGGUGCUGCUGGGGAUACUGGAGGAGCUGGCCAACAUGCGCCACUGGCUCUCUUUCCAGGACCUCUGUCGCAUGGUCAGCACCCGGUUCGAUCUGGAGCACCUCGUGGAGCUCCGGAGCCUGCUGUUUGCGGCGGCCAGUCAAGACCCGUGCUUCCCUGCUACCCUCUUCAGGGACCGCGUUGCGGUCCGAAAUCUGGGGCUCUCCCCGAUAGGCGUGGCUGCGGAUAUCGUCACAAUCUUCAAUCUCAUUCAGAUGACAAGUGGUGCUUAUGAUGGCAACCAAUCGACGAGGAGCGAGGCGGCUAUCCCCAUCGACCAAUCCCUGGGACCCUCUGAGCUGCUGAGCUUUACUGGAAGGGAAAGAGCACGUUCCCACUCUGACAUUGGAAGCAAGCCCAUAGAUCAGCACUUACUCUUCCCCAAAUCGAAUUAUUCAGCCUACAAGCGCGGAAGCCUCCCGCCGGAUCCCAUCUCACUCGUGUCCUCUCCUCCGGCCAGAGCGAGGGCUGUGUCUUUCAGCCUGCCGCACAACUCCCCUUUAUUUGCGGGGGAUCAGUUCACAAGCCAGGACAUGCAGAACAUGUACCUGCCCCUGGAGACCGACAGCGAGUCCAGCGGAGAGUCUGUUCCUCCAGAGGUGUUCGAAGAGGAGCAGGAGUCCGCUGUCGACCAGAAGAGAAACAUCUUCAAGAAGGAUUUCCACAACCAGCCCCCGCUAAUACCCCAGGUGACUAUUAGCAGUGAGUCUCUUAGUCCUGGUCAAGUGCCGAAAUCCUUUGAUAACCUUAGCUUUGAGAUGCUGAACAACCCUUACCCGUCACCCACAGCUGUUCAGCAUUUAACGGAGCAACAGGUGAAGCACGAGAGCUUGGAUGACCUGCAGGACUCCACCUACUUUGGGCCGAGGUCAAAGGCCGAGUGGUCCCCACGUCACCUCCAACCCCCCAGGACCCAGAAGUCCAUGUGGACCAACAAGAGCCAUAGUUUGGAGGACCGGGUCGGCGUGGGCAGCAUGGGGUUGGGCUUGGAAGCGUCAGGGGCUCCCUUCCCGCGGCGGUCUUCCCCGGCUAUCAGCCUCCUCGGGGCCUCUUUGGCAGGGGAGUUUAGGAACAGCCUCAUGGUGGACAGAGGCGAUGGGGCCAAGGCUCAGGGGACCCAGACCGACGCCCCGGACCACAGAAGGCUCCGCAGCAUGGUCCACGCCGACCGCCUCUCCUUCAUGACCUCGCUGGACGACCCCGAGUUCGGGGAGGACGACAUCAGCGCCAUAUUCCGUUUCCUGGACGACAUGAGCAUGUGCGGCUCGACGGGCGUCCUGCACCCCAGCGAGGGUAUGGCGGCCGCGAACCCGGACACCCACGAGGGGAGGAGGGGACGCCUGGGUCAACUGCAGAGACUCUUCCACUCCCUGGAGAGCACCGACGACGGCGGCCUCAAGGCCAGCGUCUGCAAGCUGCUCCUGCGCAUGAGCCAGAUCGAGCGGCAGCUCGAGGGCCUGGCCGAGGUCAAGUCGGAGAUCUCCCAGGUCCUCUCUGCCCUGCAGCGGCUGGACGAGAAGAUCCAGCAGCCCGUGGUCGGGGGCGGACGGGGCGUCGGGGGCGGCCGGUGGCUAGAGCCUCUCAGCGCCGGUGUGUCCUCGUUCAGCAGCCACCCGGUGACUCCUGGCUCUGAGACGUCAGAGCCCCAGCCUCUGUCCGUGUCCGGGCUUCUCUACCCGAGGACCAGCAGCAGCAGCCUGGACUGGAGCAGGUGGAACGCCGGGGGGCCGAUGGAGAGCGGCACGGAUCAGGCUGAGGUUUCCAAGGGCUCCAAGGAGGGGAAGAAGGAGGCGUCCUCUCGACGGGCCUCCAGGGCCCAUGCCGAGGAGAAGGCGGUUUCAGAUGCAAAGCGUCCCAGUGUGUCCCACUCUGCACGGGAAUGGGCGGUCGCAUUCUCUAAAGGCAAAGACCACAAGUCCUCUUCGUAUGAAAAAGGUGGACAGGUGGAUCAGACCAACAACAGCACAACCAACCUGCUUUCUCAGAAGCCCCCAACCCUGGUGGAGCAAGUGUUUAACUCGGGCUUGUUCAAACAGAAGGACAGCAGUCUGAUGGGUGGGAUGAGCUCUGGGAAGGUCAUGGAGUCUAGAUUGGCUGAGGGGAGGGGAAGACCAAUCUGGGCGCUCCAUGACAGAGAGUCCCCCGUCUCCCCUUUAAAUAUGCAGGGCCAGGAGUCUCUGAACCCCACCAACAUGGACUUCUGGAUGGAGGACACCUACACUCCUGGCUAUGAUGCGUUACUCAGGCGCAAGGAGGCCCACCUUCGCAGGGCCAGGGCCUGUAAACUAGGGGCACUGAUUAUCAUCUCUAUAAUCAUAAUUCUGGUUAUUGUUAUUCCUGUUUGCACCAUGGGCAUAUAAAGGUCUUGAAAAAGUAUAUAAAUAUAAAUAUAUAUUGUUGACAAUUUUUAUAUUUUUUUGUUGAAUAGUUUGCUUGCCUUACAUGUGUUCUCAUUAAUCAGAAGAAAAACGUGGCAAUCUUCAGGGGAAAUAACGGAAAACUGUGAUGCAAGAUGCUAAUAACGGAGUUGGUAGUCAAUAUCUUCAAGAUGUUUCAUUACACUGCUUUGCAUGCAUCAGGCAUGACUUUGGAACAAAUAGCAGGAAUGGAUUGCAGCCUAGUUUUACAAUCAUUUAUCCUUCAUUUUACAAUUGCAUUGCAUAAAUUCAUUUCUCCCACAAUUAAGACUUUAAUAUUUAAUUUGAUGGAAUUUGAUUCAAGUUAUUACAUUUUAUUUCAUUUCAUUUAAAAAUAAGCUACACAUAAGAACAGGGUAAUGGGGUGCUAAGGUUUUAAGUUAUUUACUAAAUUGCUUAAAAAUCUCAGAGUUUAGACUCAAACUAGAUUAACUGAGAAAAUGCAAGUUUUUUAUUUAGUCUGCAUCCUCUUAACAUUACAAAUGCAUUGUCUAUCAGCACCAACUUUCAGCACUGCCUGCCUCUUUGAAACACUUUUAUGAAACUACAGGGCCAUUUCAAUACUGUUUAUAAGUUGUUUAUCACCUAAGAUACAUUUUACAGUAGCAAUUUACAAACUACGAGAUUAUGCCAAAUAAUGCAUCUUUUUCAGAAAAUAUACUGUAGUUGAUGAAUAUUCCUGAACCUCGAUCAAGUAAUGUGAUACACUGUUAAAGCAAGCAUAAAUUAAUAAAUUAUUUUACAGAGGCGUUCUUGUCAGGUCUAAAGUCACUUAAUUGUGUUGAGGUUCAGAUGGUGCAGCUUGUUGGAUGUGUUUAUGUUUUUCUGUUAGGCAUUGUAAGUAGGAGAAAGCCUCCUCCAGGAAGCACUCUUCAAUGGCUUGUGCGUAAUUAAAUUAAUUAGACAAUUAAGCACUCAAGCACACUCAUAAACACAGAAUCAUAUUUCUUAUCUUUGCAUUGGCUUAAUCUAUAAUACUGAGUUCAAUUUAUGUUUAUGAUGAGGUGAGUGUUUUCCUCAUUAGUGCAUUGUCACAUUAUGUGUAGGAAUCCUGCUUAUGAAUUAUGAGCUGAAUUAUGUGAGUAAGUAUAAUAAGCUAAACUAAUCAGGUAUGGAUCUCAAGCACUAAAGAGGAAGCAAUAUUAAAAACACUGCUGUUGUGUAAAAUAGCUGUACUUUCAAAGGAGCACACAGGAUGUGCAGGAGAUGGGAAUUUCACAAUGCAUCUGCUAAGUAUACGCAUUUGCUGUCUGCAAACUAAUCCUCAUGAGGCUCCUUAUGGAUCCAUUACAGCAGAUGCUGCUCUGGGGAAACUCCUCACCUGGUCAGCGAAAUUUGUGAUUGGCAUACUUCUAGAACCUCCAUAAAAAUGCUUUGUGACCUCCAAAAGGUUUGUGUCUCUUAUCAAUCCGCG